GAGGAGAGGGGAAAGGAUUCAGAUUCAGAUGGGUUACUCGAUUGAGUCAUCCCAGAUCUCAGUUCUCAGAUUGAGUGCGAACACACCGCUAAUAUGUUCUCAUCUUGACUAACCCAGAACUUGCUUAUGCGCCUCUUACAUGUACCUGCAUCUUUCGUGCAGCCCGUCACGUUCCCCCUCCUCACGUUUUUUUUGCUUCUUCUUUUCUUUUCUUUUUCUUCUUACAUGGACCGGCGGUCUGGAUGUGCAUCCUGCUCGUGGGAGAAUCUUCCCAGCCAGCAGGGAAGACGUGUCCAAAAUGGAGUUCAGUCACUCCAUUGACUGGGGCAGCUGUGGACAGGAACACUGCAUGAGAAUCGGUAGGAAUCCGCCAGCUUCCAGCCGUCAAUGGCUACUAAUAAUAAUGAAUAAUCCCGACGUAAGAAGCAGUUCUUCCGGUGCAGCUGAGGCUCGUCAGCUGAUCCACCGAGGGUCUUUUUUUUCCCCUCUCCUUACGUAUAUUUUACUUACAUACCCUUUCUCCAAACCGGUAUUGGAGAUACCGGAACAGAUACGGAUACCCACCAUCCGCACUGCCCAUACCAUACCAUACAAGUAUAGGCACCAUACUUAUCCUCCUCCAUCUUUGUGCAGAUACCCACAGUAAGGCCAUAAUGGAGAGCCCCAUUGAGAGAUAAUAUAUCGCAGAUAAGAGAAGCCACACACACACAGAGAGAGAAAGAGAGAGAGGGUCGGAGAAAGAGACGGAGCAAGGAAGAAAGAAAGAGAAAGAGACUGACCGAAGGGGGGAAAAAAGCCCCCUCGGACAUGCACACACGCACAACCAUCACUACAAAGAAAAAUCCCACCACCAAACCAAC